UAUAUCCAACUCCAAUUCUAACCGUAUUGGGCUCUCGAACCCUACUUAGGGCUCUGCAACUGAAAAAAGGGAAAUCCAGAAGACGAAGAAUGGUGUGCGACAAGUGUGAGAAGAAGCUUUCGAAGGUGAUAGUGCCGGACAAGUGGAAGGAAGGAGCCAGCAACACUACCGAAGGCGGUGGUCGCAAAAUCAACGAGAACAAGCUCCUCUCCAAGAAGAACCGAUGGACUCCUUAUGGGACAACCAAAUGCAUCAUUUGCAAGCAGCAAGUACACCAGGAUGCCAAGUACUGUCACACCUGUGCCUACACAAAAGGAGUGUGUGCAAUGUGUGGGAAGCAAGUGCUGGACACCAAGUUGUAUAAACAAAGCAAUGUAUAAUACGAAGCAGAUACUAGUUGGUGUUCUAUGCUCAACCUUGGCCUUUUUCUCAAGCUUUGGUCUCUAUCAUUAAGUUAGAGCUUACCUAAUUUGUAAUUGAGGCUUCAAAAGGUCACAAACAAUCACUAAUUUGCAUUUUUCCCAUUAUAAUCAUGGUAGUGUCAUGAAAUUCUACUCGUGUAAGCUAAUAUUGCAAGUUGCAACUUGUCAGUCUAUGUGGCCUAUAGUCUUCAUCUGGCGCUUUUUUCAUUAGCCUCUUCAGCAAUUCCAUUGGUUUUAGAAUGCCUUGUCGACUGAAA